CCAACGCAAACCCAACUAACAAUUGAACAAGAACACCAACUCAACAACUCAACGACCCCAGUCAACUCCCAACUUCUCCUGAAACUCAUCAAAACAAAAUUAUCUUCCCAUUCUACCGUUCCCCACCUCUCUUAAUUACCUUUCUCUUCUCUCCUUCGUCUCCAUCAUCAAUGGCUUCCACUUCUCUCCUCUCAAUCUCCCUCUCCCUCCUCUUUCUCAUCUUCCUAUCAAAACCCCACUUCACUCUCUCCCUCACCAAUCUCCACCGUCCAUCUCUGCCUCUCAACUCAAUCACAGACGUCCAUGAUCUCCUCCCUUUGUACGGUCUUCCAAAGGGCAUUCUUCCAGGCAACGUCAAGUCCUUCACGCUUGCCAACGACACAGGCGCCUUCUCCGUCGAGCUAACGAGCACGUGCUACGUGCAGUUCGAUCAGCUUGUGUACUACGACAAGAAAAUCAAAGGGAAGUUGAGUUAUGGCGCUGUGAGUGAAGUGUCCGGGAUUCAAGCUAAAAAAUUGUUCCUUUGGCUUCCGGUCACUGGGAUGGAGAAGGUUAAAGGGUCUGAUAUGGUGAGAUUCUAUGUUGGUGCUUUGUCUGAGGACUUGCCUUCUCAGCAGUUUCAAGAUAUUCCUGUUUGUAAGAGCAAGGCUUGUUCUUUAAGGACUAAUUUAGCUUCCAUUUGAGGCGGAAGCUCCCCAUAUUCAUAUGUAUCAAAGGAUUACACCAGAACCAUGUCAAUGUACAACAAUCUCUUGGUAUCAUCUUAUUGAUGCUGUAAUAGAUCUUGGAAUAAAUAGAACAUCUUGAAAAUGUAUUGUAUAGAAUAUAUAUAACGUUCUGUGUUUUAAUUGUACUUAUAUAUCACAAUAUUUUAUGUUUGCAGUCUCUAUUA